AUGGUUAAUCAAUUACAGUUAUCAUAACAUUAAAACAGAGAAAUAAGAUUUAUAAUAUAGAAGUGGAUCCUUCAUAAAAGGUCAAAGAAUUAGUAAUUGAAUUUUAUGAAAUACUUAAACCCCAAGGAACAGAUAAGUUAGUAUUAUGGUACAAUAACAAUCCACUUAAAGAAGAUUAAACAUUUACAGAGUAAGGGAUUAGAAAAGGGUCAGAAAUGA